AUGGAGGCAAAAGAUAGGUCAAUAACGGAAAAAUGUGGUGAAACGGAUACUAGUGACAAACGCAUCUGCGAUCACAUCCUGAAGGAACUGCCUGUUGUUCAACUAGGGAAAGUCUCAAAUUUACACAAUUGCAAAGAAUCGGAGAAGGAAUGGGCACGUCCAGCAGUUAGCUCUGAUGGAGAACUUGAUAAAGUUCCAGCCACCAACAAACUUCCAAUACAACCGCGUUGUCGUCGAAUCACAGAAAACCUGGCGAAAGAUGUUAGAAACGAGGAGGCCUGGAAUUGGUCCAUAAUGCGGCAGUGGGUGCGCGAAAUCGACCAAUCUGUCGAUGUACUAUCCGAGUCUAUUCGAGGUCUUCUCAACUCAAAUCCACAAGACAAGCUUGAUCAAGAACGGGCAUUACUCGACCAAGCAGAAAGUAUAAAGAGGGCUACGAGCGAGGUUACUAAGACAGACUUCCCAAGGCUUCUCCCCGACUGCAAUGGACGAUUUUAUGACUACGAUGAACAGAAAGUGAUGAUGGGCGCCGAACAGAGGGUAGAGACACAGCUAAUGCAAGCUGAAUUAAAUAAAACAAAAAUCGAACUGGAACAAGCCAAAGCAGAGCGUGAUGCUCAGGAAGCCGAGAUGCGACGCCUCCUGACAGUUCAAAAUUCCCUCGAAGCCCUUAAAGGUCACUUACAGCUUCAGCUGAGGCACAAGUCGGCGGAGUGUGAACGGUUGACGUCUCAGUUGCGCCAGAUGGAGACCAAACGCUUCGACGGACUUAAAGAACUCUCCGACAAGCUUGAGGCAGCGAUGGCCACAAUUGAUAAGCUGCGUCGGGAGCGAGAAAUCAUUAAGCGGGCCGCCAAAGGUCAAAAGAAAAGAGCCCAAAAAGCCGAAGCCAGACUGGGGGAAGUUGAGACGGAGAUCAACACACUGAGGACACGAUUUAACGAACCGGUCAACGAUAAAAAGUUUGCAGGGGACGAGGAAGAUGCUAGGGACAACUCAGAAGACUUGGGGGAGCCUUCUCUGGCCAGACCCACCGAGGCCGAUAAACAAGAAGAAAGUAAACACAGCACAGUUUCGCCUGCGAUGGUUGGAGAUGUUGUCACUCGGCUAGAAGAGCGUUUGGCAGUGGGCGUUGUCCUAUUUUCCAUGCCAGACGCCGCUGCGCGACUGGAGAACCGACGACUCCGUGAGCUGGCAUCCAGCUACGAGAAUCGCUUGGCCGUGGCGGAAAGAGAAAUCAACAAUCUGCAAGUGAACAUCUCGCAAACAGAGGACCGCCUCAGCGAGUACAGAAACGAGUCGAUGGAGCAGUGGAGACGAAUGCAGAAAGAGACACAGAAGCGUGAGAUGGGAGACGAACGUCCCGAAAAGUCACAAGCAACCUCCCCAAAAGAUGAACUCCACAAACAAGUGGCCACCGAUCCGCACAUUGGCGGCACCUCCAGAAUGGAGGAGAUCAUUGAGGACCUGAAGCGUCAGCUGACUCAGCAGCAAUUGGCCGCCAGUGAAGCGGAGCGCAUUUCAGCCUCGCGAUUGGCUGAGUUGCGCGCACAGCUCGCCCAAUCGGAUGCCGCAAACAGGAGUCUGCAAGCCUACCUGACCUUCCUUAAACGCUCCUACAGCAGCAUCUUCGAUGGAGACGGAGGAGCAACUAAUGUGCCGGCACAAGUGGGAAAUCAGCCCACCACCACCACCACCACCACCACCGCCCCCGCCACAGUUGAAUCCUGA